UUCUGGACCAAAUUCGCGAGAAACCAAAACGGCCCCCAGGAAAAUAUUAAUAAAAUAUAAUCCUCUGCUCUGCUCUCCGUAUAAACCCUCUAACGUCACACGUCUGUGACUCACUGCGCUGCUUUGGGUUCACGUGUUGGUGAGUGACUGGCGGAGACGAGGACGAAGAGGAGCAGAAGAAGAAGAUGAAGAAGUACUUGGAGAAGAAGCAAAGCGCAGAAAAAAGCUGCAGCAGCACUCUGCAAACUCUCGCCAUUUGUUCUUCCCUAGAGGCCACAGAGCACAUAGGAGUGGGUUGUUUCUAUGAGCUAGACCACUCCAAGCUUCCUCCUGAAGCUCCAGAGCAGCUCAACUCUAUUCGAAUCGUUAUGGUGAGCAAGAAGGCUUUGUUCAAGGUCACGGUGAGGUUUCCGAGCAUUCACUCUCUGCAAGCUUUUCUGAGCGAGAAUGGGAAUGUCAAGAACCAGCUUCCGGCGCUCGACGAGAAGUACUCGUUGGACCCGCAGACGGCGUCGGAGGUGCUUUACCGGCGGGUCCCGCCGGAGGAAAUUUCGGACCGGAGCAAGGUGUGGAGCUUCUGGGCAGUGAUUACGCGGCGUCGUUUGGAGAAUCUGAUCAGAGUUAGCCCGGUGAAGAAGGCGCCUCGGUCUGAGAUUAGUCUCAGUGGGUUGGUCCCGUGGGGCACGCGCAAGCGGGUUCGGUUCCUGAGCCCCAAUCGGAGCCCGACGACUCCGAUUCCGUCGAGCUCUGAAGAGAAGGAGAUUGAGGGAGGUGGUGAUGAGACGUCUGAGAAGGAGGAAGAAGAAGAGGGUGAGCCGAAUGUGGUGGCGGUGAAGAAUCGAAGGAGUGAAAGAAGAAAGCAGCCCAUUAGGACUCAGAAGAAGAAGCCCAAACGUCAAGAACAGAGUAAGCGGAUUGUGGUGCACAAUGGGAGUGAGAAGAGAAUGGUUAAAGCUUCAGUGGCAAGAUGGUCUGCUGGGAGGUAUAAGUUGGCAGAGGAGAACAUGUUUAAGGUAAUGAAGGCAAGGGGGGCUACUGCUGGGAACCCAAUAAGGAGACCGGCUCUGAGAAAUGAGGCCCGGAAGUCGAUCGGCGACACGGGUUUGAUUGACCAUUUGCUGAAGCAUAUGGCAGGCAAGGUGGCUCCAGGUGGGGUUGAUAGGUUUCGGAGACGGCACAAUGCUGAUGGGGCAAUGGAGUAUUGGCUUGAGAGUGCUGAUUUGGUUGAGAUAAGGAAGGAGGCUGGGGUUGAAGACCCUUAUUGGACUCCACCACAGGGGUGGAAGCCUGGUGAUGACCCUACCCAAGACCCAACUUGUGCGGCAAUGUUUAAGGAGCUGUGGGAUGAGAUAGCUAAUCUGAAGAAGAGGGACGAGGAAUCCAAGCAGCCAGAGCAGGGUUUAGCUAUGGUGACCACCACCUCAAACUCUUGGUUGACAAGUAUGGACUGGGACCAAGCUUACAGUUCAGUCAUUCAGCUAAAGGACAAAUAUACACAACUAGCUGUCAGGACAUCCAAGUUCCAAGAACAGAUGCAGCAAGCUUCUCAAACCUUGUCUGGAAUGGAGGAAGAAAUCAAGGUACUGAAAUCAUCCAUGGAAGCACCAGCAGCACCACCUAUGUACUACGCAGAAGCAGCUGAUGUACCACAACUGACAGACAAUGAAAGAGGGGCAAAAGAGGACAAGGCAACAAAGCUAGAGAGACUGAGGAGUGGCUUCAAAAUUUGCAGGCCACAGGGGACAUUUCUGUGGCCAAACAUGAACCUGUCUAUGUCUCAACACAAAAUUGACCAGUCUGCGGUCCCAACCACACCCUCUGUUACCUCUUCCACAAGACCAGCAACCCAACUAGAUCUAGUCCUUACUCAGUCUCCACAUGGACCCAAUCCAGGCUCAAGCUCAGGUUCCCUUGUUAAGCCAUUGGCUGAGAGACGCCCAGUCAAUACAUCAACUCUGUUACGCAAUGUGACUAACCCACCCUCUCUUUCUCAUGCUUUUACUCAAGUACCAUCUGAGAUUGAGAAGACUACCUCCCAGUCCCAGAGUGCCAAGACCCUUCAAAUAAACCUCAAUGAGAUACCUGUUGAUGCCCAACACAAUGAAUCUACUGAAAUUUCUGGGACCCUUACCUACCAGAGAAGACAUCAACUGAUGAACGCCAGGAAAGAGAACAAUGCAGAUGCAAGGAAGGAUAAUAUGAGCUUGAGAGGGCACUCCAAGUCUAAGCAGCAGCAUGAGCAUCAUCAGCAAAGAAAGCAAUACCCGGAUGUUGAUCAGUUUUGCAUGAUUCAGAGAGCUAUAUAUCGGUGGUAUACUAUUAAGAGUAGUAAGAAUUAGAAUAUCGGAAUUAAGUGCAAUAAUUGUAUCUACAUUUGAUCAUUUGAAACUACUUUUCAUAAGACUCCUAUUAUGGAGUUUUAUGCUGGCUUAAUUUAGUAGGUGGGGGGUAUAUAUGUAUACCUUUUUGGUUUUGGAUUUGAAGAUCUGAACAAGCUACAAUAUGAUACAAAUGUAAGGUUACUUGAGAAUGAAUUAUGAGGUAUGAUGCAUAAA